CAGCGGAGCUUCUCUCGAAAACACAGGAACUUUGACACUGUUACAGCAGCAUUUGCAGCAGCUCGUCUCUUUUUGUAUUAUUUUCAUGUCCGUGUGUGUUUUUUCUUAUGCAUAAAGAUGUGGUUUAUUUAUUUACUGAGCUGGCUGUCUUUGGUCAUCCAGAUUUCAUUCGUCACUUUAGCGAUAGCUGCCGGUCUGUACUAUUUGGCAGAACUAAUAGAAGAAUACACAGUUGCCACAAGCAGAAUAAUAAAGUACAUGAUACUGUUUUCCACAGGAGUGCUAGCAGGCCUGUAUCUGUUUGAAGGCUUCCCAGUGCUGAUGGUUGGAGUGGGUCUCUUCACAAACCUGGUGUACUUUGGCUUACUGCAGACUUUCCCUUAUAUCCUGCUCAGCUCCCCCAACUUCAUCCUCUCAUGUGUGUUGGUGGUUGUGAACCAUUAUAUGGCCUUCCAGUACUUUGCACAAGAGUAUUAUCCAUUCUCAGAGGUACUGGCAUACUUCACAAUAUGCCUGUGGGUGAUUCCUUUUGCCUUCUUUGUGUCAUUAUCAGCGGGAGAAAAUGUCCUUCCAUCCACAAUGCAGCAGGGAGAUGAUGUGGUGUCAAAUUAUUUCACUAAAGGGAAGAGGGGAAAGCGGUCCGGGAUACUGCUGGUGUUUUCUUUCCUAAAGGAGGCGAUUCUGCCCAGUCGACAGAAAAUGUACUAAAGGAAGAAAAAAAAACUCUGGAUAUUUGAGAAAGUUUGCCAUCUUUUGUCUUGGAGUUUAUGGCCGAAGCAGGAAGGACUGUGGACUAUUUAACUUAAGCAGUGUCCAGAUUGAACCGAGAGGAUGGACCAAUGAACAGAGCUUACUGCAAUUCAAGACGUUCAACAGGCCAUAUCACUCCCAAGUAUUUGUCUCUGUUGACUGCCAAAACAUCACAUCCUAUGACUCUAUGGAGCAGCUGGUUUGUAGCCCAGUACUUCAUCUUUGACAAUUUAGAGUCAUAUUGAAAUGUUUCUACAAAACUAACUUGGCGGUGCAAUUACAACAUAAAGAAAAAGUUAAAUUAUUGGUUGAUUUGCAAUUUUGGGUGCACUAUGUAACUUUUCUGGAGGUAGCUCACCUACCAUGCAGAUGUUAUUGUUUUGCCUGGAAUUUAUGGUAUCAAAUUUAUCAAUUUUGCUUUUAUUGAAUCAAAUUUAUUUUUAUAACUCAAAAAUGCAUUGAAAAAACACACCUUCUUCCACCACCUUCUGUGAGAGGUGUCACCACAGAUCUGAACUGUAACUUGGUCUGGUCAGGGAACAUCAUCUUGGUCCUUGGAGCAAGAUAAGUUUAAUACCAUAUUGUGGAACAUCUCCAUGGAGAUAAGAAGGGGCAUUUACCAUAAAAGUUACAUCUGCAUCUGUAAGAAGAAUUAAAUAUUUCAGGUUCCUGAUUAUGGAUAUGAAGAAAUGACAGUGGACUACAUGUUAAUAUUUUAAAUAAUAGUAACAGGUCUUUGGCAUAUUUUAAGUCAAAAACCAAAAGAAAAGAUAAUUAAUACAAAAAUCAUGGGUGUACAGAAAAGCUAUAAACAACCACUUUCACAUUUUUAUAGUAUUAACAUUCUUCACAUUAAGCUAACAUAAAAUUAAUACACAGUGGAUCUCUUUUUAUACAGUAUAAAAAUAAAGUUAGAUGUUAGCGUUCAUAUUCCCAACACAUUACAUUUUGGACUAUUUUCUCAAAUUCAUGAAACAUGUUUUCUACAUUUGAUUAAGUCUUACAUCAAAACUCACAUGAAGACACUUGUGUGGAUCAAUCUAUAGACUUUCCUCCCCUGUUUUUAGUGAUUACUGGUUACAGUUCAUUGUGAGCCAGAAAAAACAACUUUGUAAAACAAUAAAAGGUUUCGAAAUA